CAUAAUAUCCGAAACCCGAACCCGAACCCGAACCCGACCCGAAAAAUGGAUAUCGGUUCGGUUUGAUAUUUUGGGAAAUACCCGAUCGGUUUUGAUUUGGUGAUAUUUCGGUUAUCGGGGUCGGUUCGGUUUAAUCCGAAAUCAAACAGUUAACCCGAAAUAACCAGACUUAUGUAUACAUAUAGUAAUAUAUAUGUAUAUACUCUCCUUUAAACCAAAACACGCGUAACAUUAAUUGUUUAUGUUUCCAAGUUUUGCUUUUCUCACGCUAGGCGAUUCCUCGUCUUCUUAAUCUUGAGAAAACUCUAAUUCCAUAUAAAUCAAAGAGAGUUGAUCGAAGGGACUCAUGUUUCAAAACCGAAAUUGGGAAUUCUCUAUAUCUCCACCAUCUGCGAUUUCUCGAAAUCGCUCUCAGCUGUCACAGAUGGAUUCUUCAUCAACUCCAAACCGAGUUUCGUUUGACAACAACAAAGACGUAGAGGACGAAGAAGAACAAGAAUUGGCUACUCCAGAUAGUAGAGGCAAACGUAAAGAAUAUCCUACAGCCAAUGGAGCCAAUAAAGCUCCCAGGAUUCUUCCUCCAAGGUCCAAAAUCUGGAACCAUUACACAAGGACGAAGGAUAAGCGUGACAAAUGUAUCUGUCAUUACUGCAAGAAGAAUUUUUGUUGUAAAACAAAAUCGGGAACUAAAAACUUGCUGAAGCAUAUCAGCAUAUGCAAACAGUUCUACUCGUAUUCAGAUGGCCAAAGUUCAACUCAGCAAGUCAUAGAUGAAGAAGGGAAUGUGAUGUCUGCAAAAGUCAGUGAAGAAACUUUCAAAGAAGCAACGAAUGAGAUGAUGGUGAUAGGGGAGUUACCAUUAUGUUGGGUAGAAAGUGUGGCUUGGAAACACUUCUAUGAAAUUAGACAAACCUGUGUCAAGGAGGACCUCAACAAGAGAGAUUGUAAAGAUGUACUUGCAGAGGAAGGCUGCUAUGAAAAAGUGGUUUGAAGCAAACAAGCAAAGAGUAUCUCUGACUACUGAUAUUUGGGAGGCUAAAAUAACCCGGGCAAGUUACAUGGUGGUGACUGCGCAUUACAUUGAUGAGUGUUGGCGACUGAAGAAGCUUAUCAUAGGGUUCAAACAUGUCAGUGAUCACAAAGGUCAGACAAUCUCUCGGGGUCUUUUAGAUGUCUUGGCUGAUUGGGGAAUUGAGAAAAUAUUUUGUGUAACUGUUGACAAUGCAACUGCUAAUUCAUCCGCCUUGAGAAGAUUUCAUGGUCAGUUCUCUUUAGUGUCUGAUGAUGCACUAGUUUUAGAUGGAGAAUGGUUGCAUAUGAGAUGUAGUGCACACAUCAUCAACUUGAUUGUGAAGGACGGAUUGACUGAUGCUAAUGAGAGUGUGGAUGCAGUCCGUAAUGCUGUAGUCUAUGUUAGA